AUGGGACACGUUACUUUGUUUUAUGCAAUCGUAGGUGGUCCUCAAAGUAUUUUCUCCGUACGCAUCGAUACGAAUCGAUCGCUAGGUCACUUGAAGAAUACGAUCAAGGCAGAAAAACCAAGUAUGAUCCACUGCGAUGUCAUUGACAUGCAGCUCUUUCUGACGAAAAGAGAUGGUGGUCAUGGUGCGUGGAUGACGGAAGAAGUGGUGCAGCAGGGCGUUACUGAAACUAAGGAGUUGCACCGGCUGAACACUAUAACAGCGCGACUGAGCUCGUGCGGUUUGUCGGAGCAGGACGUGCAAACUCAAAGUACGGCAAAUCCUCUUGUUCACGUCCUGGUGGUGGUUUCAAAGAGAUGCUGGCCACCUGUAGGCUGUGUCACUGUCGGCGUCACGCAAUACAUGAGAGUGAAUCCCGCACCACUGGUUGCGUUUUGGAACGCGAUAAAAGCGACGUCUACCAAGAUCGUUGCUAAUGAUGCGAUCGCGCUGCCAGAAGAAACGAAUUAUUUUGAUUACCUGGGUAUCAGUUCUAUUGUGUACGUUCGUCAUUGCUAUUUGCAGCUAUGGGAAGCUUGUUCGGAUACUUUUCACGGUGGAAAAAAUGCCUCACGACGUGUGAUAAUUCUGGGCAACGAAGGAAUCGGCAAAACACAUUUCGGGUUCUUCGUUCUGUUGUGUCUUGCACGCCGUGGAGCGACGGUGGUGUAUGAGAAGUACAGAGCCAGUGGGCGCUACCUAUUCUCUAAUGAUCUGGUGAUUGAUGGAUUGGGGUCGGAUUUUGAUGACGUUCUUGAGCAGCCAAAUACGUUUUACGUUGUGGAUGACGUCAAGCCAGCACAAUGUGAAGCGAAGACAAUUCUCGUCGCCGUGCGGGUCUGUUUGGUAUGA